CAAAAUUACUUUCGUAACAAAAGUUUGAAAGUAGGACAAUAGUGAAAAUAAAAUGUAGUUUAGGGACCAUUCAGCAAAAUGAUAUUUUUAAAGUCUGAAAUCAAAAAAGCAAACGGAAAAAGGAAAACCUCAGUUUGCAAUUUUCACUUUUCAAGGCGAGAGAGAUGGCGAUGGAUGGGAGCAGCGGAGGUGAAGAAUUCGCAGUUGGAUGCCUGCUAUCGAUAAAAACUACUUUUGGAGACGAAUUUGAAGGUCAAGUCAUAACCUACGAUCGCCCUUCUAACAUUGUCGUCCUCCAAGAAGGUUUGAAAUCGAACCCACAAUCACGCCGCAACAUUAGGUUACUCAAAGCCAACUACAUCAAAGAGUUUUCCUUUUUGGGUCAAUCUGAUGACCCACUUGAUCUCAAGAAAUGCUAUCUCGAUCUCAAUUCACUCCAAUCUAAAGAAGAUGCCGCCGUUAGACAAGCAGAGAUAGAUGUUGAGAGAAUCGGGGUUGGUGUUACUGCAGAGGCUCAGAGCAUUUUUGAUGCUUUGUCUAAAACGCUGCCUGUUCGGUGGGACAAGAGCGUGAUAGUGGUGAUGAACGAGGUGCGUGUUAGCAGUCCAUAUCUUGCUGAAUCUGUUACAGGAGGAACUCCUGCUGCCAAUGAGCGAGUUAGGAAAGUGCUUGAGCUUGAAAGGAGGAGGUUGCAAACUCGUGGAUCUGGUCAAUAAACACCAGGAACAUGAACAGGAAAAAUAUUAAUAUUUGGAGGUAAGGUAGUACCAAAAAGUGAUAAAAAAAACACUAAAUUAACCAAAGUUUUCCAUUUUCAUAAUUUCUUUGUUGUCACUAUUAUUAUUAUUCAGUCCGACGAAUAUUUUCUCCCCUCAUAUUAAAUUAUGUUAAUCUCGGGUUUGAAUGCUUGGAGAGAUGUUUACAAAGACAUGGUCUUAUGUUAUGCUCCUGCUUUUGGUUAAAAAAUUUAUAUAGAAUAAAGAAGAAAGUUAUUAAAAACAUGAAAUCAACAUCACUAAUCAUCACCCAGAUACCCAC